AUUGACAGUUAGAGCGACGCAAUCGAUCAUCGAUUCGAUGAUGGUCUCAGCCCAUCCAGUAGUUUACGACCAAAAGCUGACGUCAAUGCCAGCCCUCGCUUCAUUGUCACUUCGCCUUAGCGUAUUUUCGUGGCACGUCGGAAAACAUGCGAGCUUUACUUGGAGAUGAUGAGGAAACGGCGAUUCUGGAGGAGGCAAUGGCCCUCAUCGACUCCUGUGAAGGGUUCACAAGUGAAGGAGACAGUAGCAGCGACAGCGCGGGGCUGCGCACGCACGAUCAGGUCGAUGAACUUAAGUUACUAAACUGCUCAAGAGGGAAACAAGGUCGAAAGAGGGAAAAUGUGUUCAAACCAGUGACCAAAAAGAAGCGAAUUCGACGCCCCGAGACGUCUUCUACAGCAUUCCAACGUCGCAAAAAGGCGGAGGUCAUUGCCCUCCGUACGGAAGUGACCGAGCUAGAGACUCGCAUCAGUUACCUACAGCAAAAGUGUCAAGACAUGUGGGAGAAAUGUUUGAGUCGGAACAAAGAAGCAGAUAUGGAGAGUGGUCAAGCGGUGGUGAUCAAUUGGUGCGAGGAAGCUGUGAGGCAGUACCGGUACCGCCGGGCAGCGGAAGACUGUAACCGAAAGCUGAAAGAAAUAUUUGAGAGCCAAAGCCGAUUGUCUCGCGAUCUUCGAGCGGUUUUAUAUCAGCGAGGAGCUCUCAAUGUGAGUAUGUAAGCGUGGCGAUUUUCUGUGCGGUAAUUGACUUUUGGUCUUGAUUUUUAUUUUGAAGGGAAUGGAUGUGGUUUUUGAUAAGGUUGCAAAGCAUCAACUGGCAGAAAUGACAUGUGAAGCCUCGUUGUCCACACAGUUCACAUUUUUCGAAUAAUUAAAGUGCGGUCAAGGAUCAUUCCGGGUUGGAUUGCAGCGUAGAUGUCAUGCAAUUGUAAGAUUAAGUUAGCUAGAAUGUUUCAGCCCACAGGAGAAUUUUGUACAGCAUUUUCUAUCCGAAUAUCAAACACAACUUGACUGC